AUGGUUCUGUCGUCGUGCACGUGUCUCCAGUUUGUUCAUGGUAACAAAGAGCAAACGAAAAUAAAAAUUCCCAAGGCAGGUGAGUCGACUGCAACCGAUUCAGGAACAAUGGCGAAAACGGGGGCUGAGCAGCUGGAACUUCAUGGCGACACGUGGCGCGUGUGCAAUUUUGUCGAUAAGAAGGACAUCAUUAAAAUUGAUUCAGCUACAAUGAAACAGAAAGUCCAAAUUCGGGACUGUAAAGGAGUUGGCAUCCAGAUAGAAUCAAAGGUCAACUCUGUCAUCAUUGACAACUGCGAUAACUUGCGGCUGUGCGUAAACAGCCUGAUCUCCGGUGCGGAGUUCGUCAAUUGUCGUAAAAUCAAGUUUCAGGUCAAGGGUACAUGCCACUCGAUUGCGAUCGACAAGUGCUCGGGUGUCGAUUUGUAUGUCUCGAAGGAAAGCAAAGAUGUCGAGGUUACAACCAGCAAGUCUGGGGAAAUGAACCUCAAUUUCCCGAAGACAGAUGAGGAGGAUGGUGACUGGGCAGAAGUGCCCAUUCCCGAACAAUUCCAUCACAAUAUCAAAAAUGGCGUACUUCAUACCAGGGUGUCUGAGCUGUACUCGUGCUGA